GGGAAGAGGAGGGGUUGUUUAGGACCAUGAGGAGCACAGUCAGUGUGGAGUGAGGCGAGCAUGGGAGAAGAGUAGUGGAGCGUCGUCUUCUGGAGCUGCGCGCCAAUCCCGGUGAUGCUGCUGCUCAAGUGUUGCAUGCUGAAGAGUCCCGACGCUCUGUGAGAGAGCAUUCAAGGAUGAUAGGAUGAAGGUUGGCAACGAGGGGAAAUAAAGAUGAAGAUAAGAGUGUACCAAGGGGUUAGUGGCAUCAUCAUCGUCACCGUGGUUACCAGUUUUAUGUUGGUGUACAACAGCAGCUCUGGUGACCGAUCAUCUUCCUCAUCGACAUUGUCAGUAGCAUCGCCCCACCGUUUAGAUGCUGCUCUUCCAUCCACAAAGAAGCCAGGGAGGCCGCAGAGACUCCCAACACCACCACUGGAGGGGUACACGGGUGUCAUGGAUCAAAAGCCUAUGAAGAUGCACUGCAGGACUUGUGCACUGGUGACCAGCUCUGGCCAGCUAACUGGGAGCAAAAGAGGUGAAGAAAUCGACCGCUCUGAGUGCGUAAUCCGAAUGAAUGACGCUCCGAGCAUAAACCACCAGCAGGACGUUGGCCGAUGCACAAACCUGCGUGUUGUAGCUCACUCCAGCCUGCAGAGGGUGUUGCGGAACCGGCAGGAGCUGCUCAACGCAAGCCAAGACACAGUGUUCAUCUUCUGGGGACCCAGCAGCUGCAUGAGACGGGAUGGAAAAGGCCACGUUUACAACAACCUCAGGCUGUUGAACCAGCUUUUGCCCAAACUUAAAGUCUACGUCAUUUCUCGAAUCAAAAUGCUGAAGUUUGAUGAACUAUUCAAAAAGGAAACAGGGAUUGAUAGGAAGAGUUCCAACUCCUGGCUGAGUACUGGCUGGUUUACCAUGGCCAUAGCUGUGGAGCUGUGUGACAGGAUCGACGUGUAUGGCAUGGUACCACCUGAUUUCUGCAGAUCCUCCUCUCAUCCCUCUCUGCCUUAUCAUUACUAUGAGCCCUCGGGGCCCGACGAGUGCUCCAUGUAUCUCUCCCACGAGAGGAGCCGACGAGGAAGCCACCACCGCUUCAUCACGGAGAAGGCAGUGUUUGCAAACUGGGCUCGAACACUCAACAUCCAUUUUCACCAGCCAGACUGGAAGCCGGCUACUCUCGCUACCAGCAUGAAUAGCUCAUCCACUCCAGUUCCAGCUGAAUCCUGAGGUUCUCUCAAGAGACGGCCCCCAGAAGUGUGGAAUAUGUGAAGGGUUGUGGAGGGUUUCCAGCGUGCUCCCUCUCUCUGGACAAUAUGAAUGUAUGAGACAGCAGUAGGACAGAACAGAAGAGGCAACUGUUGUGUCUGUAAGCCCACUGCCUGAGCAGCUUGGCAAAAUAAGAUCAUUGCAUAAGAAAGAAGCCCCAACAAUGUUUCGGAAGUGUAACUAUAAAAGGAUGAAUUUCAUUCUGAAAUCAAAGCCAUGGAGGCUGGUUCAAGUGUUAGUUUUUUUAAACUCUGUGUAGAGCGGCUUUAACAACACUCAAGCUGUCAGAGAGGAGACAAACAAUGAGGCAGUACACCACUGCAAUAACCGCAGUAUGACUGAUUCAUUUCCAUAAACUCAAUACAGAUUCAGUGAGGACACUCAGGUCAUGUCCUCACUAUUCUGGGUAUUUGGCAGUUUUAAUGAACCUGAGAAGGAGUUUACAACUUUACAAUCACACACAUUAAACAGUUUUUUUUUUUUCAAAUCUGAUUGUGAUAUUUUUAGUCCCUUUGUUCAAAAUCUUCAACAAUUGUAACCCUUUUCAAUAAUGCAACAUUCAUAAUGCAAACAGCGAUGACAACACAGAGAAAGAAAAGGGUGACAGUUAAAAUAUUUAGGUUUAUAGUAAGUAGUAGUAGAAUAGUUAAUAGUAACAUACAACCUAUUCAUACUGCUACUGUGUAUGUCAAUGACAGAACACAGCCAUCCCGUUGCAUAGGGCACUUAUACACCAAACAUAUUGGAGUAUAGUACAAUAAAUUCAAGGGUUAAGGUAAAACAAUUACUUAACAAAACAAACAAGUAAAAACGGAGAGGUAGAAGUAUUGCUUAUGUUGUUGGCACCUCAUAGAGGU